AUGACCAACACCAAAGGGAAGAGGAGGGGGACACGUUACAUGUUCUCAAGACUAUUUUGCAAACAUGGUGUCCCUCUUGCCACCUACAUGUGCAUCUAUAAAGUUGAUUUUGUUGGCAUAAAGGGCAUGGGCACAAUUCAGAAAGGCAUGCCCCACAAAUGUUACUAUGGCAAGACUGGAAGAAUAUACAACAUUACCCAGCAUGCUGUGGGCAUUAAUGUGAACAAGAAGACUAAGGGCAAGAUUCUUGCCCAGAGAAUUGAUGUGCAAAUUGAGUAUAUCAAGCACUCUAAGAACAGAGACAACUACUUGCAGUGGGUGAAAGACUAUGAAAGAAAGAAGAAAGAAAGAAAGAAAGAAGAAGAAAAAAAGAAAGGAAAGGAAAAGGGAAUUUGGUUUGAACUAAAACACCAGCCUGCUCCUCCAAGAGAAGCCUACUUUGUGAGAAAAAAUGGCAAGGAGCCAGAGCUGCUGGAACUCAUUUCAUAUGAGUUUAUGACAUACGGUACUUGUAUAUGA